AUGUUGAAGGAAAAAGAAGAUGAUCAGGAGAUAUGCAAAGCACCAUCACCCACAUCGGAGGAAAGGAAAUAUUCAAGGGAUUCCGAGGUGGACCCUAUGGGAUCGCAAAGGGUAUACAAGAAAACGUCUUCAAAUCAGCUGCUGACGCUGUACCUGGGCAGCCGGGAGCUGGUAGCCCGAAAAGGAAUCAUCGAGCCCCUCAGAGGAGUGCUCUACAUCGAUUCGAAAAUCAUUAAUGAUGCCAAAAUAUACGGCCAAUUGACGCUGACCUUUCGUUACGGACGCGAGGAUGAAGAAGUUAUGGGUCUGAAGUUCUGCAAUGAAGCCGUCAUCGCCUUACAACAAAUUUGGCCUAAGCCUGCGGGAGCCGAACCGGAAGUACUAACCCCGCUACAGGAAGCUUUACUUGACAGACUGGGAAAAAAUGCGGUUCCUUUCGCGCUGGAAAUUGGCACCGUGGCUCCACCGAGCGUCCAGCUACUGCCGGCCAAGCGCUACACCGGCGCUCCUAUCGGCACCAGUUACGACGUGCGGGUCUAUACGGCGGAGGCCUCAGCGGACGAACGUGUCCAACGCCGGUCGACUGUGAGAUUAGGUAUAAGGUUAACUCAUAAGAUUUGCCCCGACUCUACGAAGGCAUCCACGCUGGAGACAGCCACCCUCAACUCGUUCGUCGGCGGUGGCGCAAGCGGAACUAGCAGUGCAGGUCCAAAGUCACCUCCUAUCACGGUGGACCCGCCAAGUAAUAGCAGUACCACCACCGCCACAAAUCCCACUACUCCGACUGGCACGGCAAACAGUGCCGUCAACCCAACUUCCGGUAGUAGUAACAGUAAUACUAGCACCAUGCCCCGGUCUCUUCGACUUCGUCUGUCACCGAAGUCUCUCAAGCUGACCUCGCUUCAUCGACACAGCAGUAGUGUGGAUAGCACGAAUGGUGGCAUCAAAUCCUAUGGCGAGCACGGUAUCAUUGAGCUGACGGAUGUGAACAAAGGACCUCAGGUAUCGGUGGACAAACCAUUUCUCUGGGCUGACGGACGAGUAAAUCUGAAAGCAUCACUAAACAAGGCAGCAUUUGUGCACGGUGAAAACGUUACUGUUACGCUCGACAUCAAAAACGAUAGCCGAAAAGUGGUGAGGAAAAUACGGCUGAUCGCUGUCCAGCAUGUUGACGUUUGCAUGUUCAGCAAUGGAAAAUUCAAAAAUAUAGUGGCUGAGGUUGAUGUCAGUAAACAUAUCGGACCGGGGGAUACACUACAUGCAUCGUAUUCGCUACUUCCGGUUAGAGGAACCACGAAAAAUUGGAUCGCUGUCGAAGGUGCCCUGUUCAGUAGUAAUUACAACGAUGCCACCUCGUCGGCCUACAACUCCAAGUUGGCUACCAGCGCCCCGCGAGGUUUAAUGAUUGCAUCUUCCGCAUCGGAGGAGAAAAACGUUUUCGCAAUCUAUGUGUCCUACUAUGUUAAAGUUAAGCUAGUGCUCAGCAGUAUGGGCGGAGAGGUUUCCUUGAAGCUUCCCUUCGUACUAGGCAAUGUGGAGCUGUCAGAUUCCGGCGAUGGUCCAACAACGCUCAGUGGACUUCGGAAACUUCGAGAGAUGAAUCGUAAGGCUAGUUCGGUGACCAGUAAUGGCGGUGGCAGCAUUGAUCUAGGCCCGCUAUCUCCACUAACGAAGCAAAUUAGUAUUCAUGACGCGGUGGAUGACCGAAGGAUAACAGACCUAAACAAUCAGAACAAACGAUUACCGUCUCGAUCCGUUUCGGAGACCUCUGCCGCGAAAGAUGUUCUUCCACCAACGUCACUGAAGGACAAUUGCACAAGUAGUCGAAGGGAAAUGUUCAAAAAUUCUAAAUUUAACGAAAACCUCAAUAGUACAAUCGAUGUGAUUACCGAAGACUUUCAGGCCAUCACAGCCAACAUCAGCAAUCUGGUCAAGUCGGAUUCCAGCAAGUCAAAUCUAAACGAAGCCGGUCCUUGCCAGCAAGAGUUCAGCGUCGAGGCGCAAAUUCACUGUCCGCAAACAGCUGACGAUGGUUUGACCCCACAUUAA